ACACGUUAGUCAUAGAGCAUUGGAGUGAGGUGUUUGCCAUUAAUUGUUCCAGCUACAUUUUAGAGUACAACUACCUGGAAUUUUCACAAACAAAUCAUAUAUAUAUAAUUAAAGAUGACUAAUGAAAAGGUAGAAUGGAGAAUCCAGGUAGAAGAUGGUCCAUGGAAGAGAGCUGGAAUUUCUUGCAGCAUGUGGUCAUUUAUUUCAAGUCUUUAUUCCAAGUUGUGCAAAUUUGUGAAGAAAGCUUGGGAGAUUGGUGUGAAUGACCCAAGAAAAUUCAUCCAUUGUUUGAAAGUAGGAAUAGCACUUACUGCUGUGUCACUUUUUUACUACUUGAAACCUUUAUAUGAUGGUGUUGGAAGAAAUGCUAUGUGGGCUGUCAUGACAGUGAUUGUAGUGUUUGAGUACACUGCUGGUGCUACAAUAUACAAAAGUGUAAACAGAAUAUUUGGAACUACCCUUGCCGGGCUUUUAGCCUUUGGUGUACAUUGGGUUGCUAGUAAAGCAGGAGAUCAAUGGGAACCUGUAAUUGUUGGAGCCUCACUCUUUUUACUAGCUUCAGCAACCACAUUUUCAAGAUUUAUACCAACUAUAAAGGCUCGUUUUGAUUAUGGUGCUCUGAUAUUUAUCCUCACUUUCAGUUUGGUUUCAGUAUCCGGUUAUAGAGUUGAUGAAUUGUUUAAUUUGGCACAACAAAGAAUUUCCACUAUUAUAAUUGGAACUUCAUUGUGCAUAAUCGUUAGCACCGCUGUUCUCCCUGUUUGGGCUGGUCUAGAACUCCAUGUUUUGGUCACCGGAAACCUCGACAAACUCGCCAACUCUUUGCAAGGUUGUGCAGCUCAGUAUUUUGAAGCACAAGCAGCAAGUGAGUCUAACAAAAAUUUGAUGGGCUACAAGUGUGCGCUAAAUUCCAAAGCAACAGAAGAAUCAUUGGCUAAUUUAGCUAGAUGGGAGCCUGCUCAUGGGCGUUUCAAUUUUCGUCACCCAUGGAAGCAAUACCUUAAAAUUGGGGCUACAAUGCGUAGCUGUGCUUCUUGCAUUGAUGCUCUUAUCGGUUGCAUAAAUUCAGAAAACAAGACCUCAGAUGACAUCAUGAAGAUUAUGAGCAGAACCUCUAUAAAAGUGGGAGACAACUCUGCAAAUGUCCUAAGAGAGUUGGCAAGUACAAUAAAGAAAAUGAAAAAAUCAAACAAACUUGAUAUUCUAGUCAUAGAGAUGAAUAAUGCAGCCCUAGAGCUUCAGAAUUUAUUAAAAUCUUAUCCAAACACACAAAAAAAUGCAAAAGAUGGUGAUGCAAAACUCGAAAUCCCAAUAAUAGAAUUAAUUCAAGUGGUCACAGUUGUUUCUUUGCUUAGUGAAAUUGUAGCUCGUGUAGAAGACAUUGUGAAAUGUGUUGAAGAAUUAUCAGAUUUAGCUAAGUUUAAACCAGAAAUGUCCAAAUGUGACAAGACCAAACAACAUUCAACAGACAACAAGAUCUCACCAGACCAACAGAAUGAUGAGGAGACAGUAAUCAAGACACUGCAGAUGGUUUGAAUAAUGAGGAAGCAAUAAGUAAUACAUCUAUUUGUGUAUAUAAACUUCGAUCCAUGACAUAUUACAUGAUACAUGUAUAAGAGAUCAGUUAUAUUAUAUACAAGAAGAAAAAUGGAAGAAAUAAUUACAAGCCAAUUAUGUGUAUGUCUAUGUGUAACGUACUUACCUCCAAAAAUCAUUAAU